UCGUCUCUGUGGUGCGGCUCAGACUCGAUUUUGACUAGUGGGUUUCUGAGCAAUGGCUUCGACGCUGUUAUUGGCUGUGGUGUUCGUGCUUGACCUGGUUGCUUUUGCUCUGGCCGUUGCUGCUGAGCAGAAGAGGAGUACUUUCAUGGUAGUUACAGAGGGGAAUCAAAACUACUGUCAUUAUGGUUCUAAUAUUGCAACUGGCCUAGGCGUGGGAUCCUUUAUAAUUCUACUAGCCAGUCAAGCAAUUAUAAUGGUGGUCACAAGAUGCCUGUGCUGUGGUCAAGCCAUGAGACCUAGCGGCAACAGAUCAUGGGCAAUUUGCUUAUUCAUCACCAGCUGGGUGACAUUCAUUAUUGCCGCGUCAUGCUUGCUGGCUGGUUCGGCAAGAAACACCCGCCACACCAAGGACAGGACCACAGUACCAGUCAUCCCUUCAUGUGUGACAUUGAGGAAGGGAGUGUUUGGAGCUGGAGCUGCCUUCAUUGUGUUCACUGGCAUAGUUUCUGAACUCUAUUAUGUUAAUUAUUCAAAGGCUAACUCUGGUCCACCUUCACAUGCUAGGGACUCUGGUGUGACCAUGGCUAAUAUGUAGUAGCUUUGAACCAUUAGAAGUGGGAUAAGGCUUGUGUGAUUUUAUUAAAGUUGUCUACUCUGGAAGCGAAAAGCUAAUGUUUACCUCAAGUCAUGGAUAUUACUUGGUUGUAAAGGUUUUCAUUGGUUUAAUGGUUUGUUUUUACUUACAAAUCUUGUUCUGUUAAUCAUGCAAGCAGAAGCAUUAGUAAGGGGGAAAUGAUGUAAUUCUUACAUUAACCAAUGACACUAAAGACCUUAAAAAUGAAUUGUCAUUUUUGUUC